AAGCGUGGCCACAGGCUGCUCACUCGUGCGGUGGGAUCCGGCACAUGAGAGAAAAAAAAAAGUUGGAGAAAAAGUUUCGAAGCGAUCAUAUAUUAACAGAAGAGAAAAAAAAACAAGUAUUUGCAGGUGCCAACAGUGCGCGCAGAGUAUCCAUCGGGUGUGAAUUCUCUAAUUAGAUCGCUUAUUUAUUUAACUCUGUGUUCAAUCAAAGUUAAAACAUUCAUGUCGCUGGUUUCUCUCGGUGUCAUUAAUGUUUCUACAAGACUACGAGGCUCCGCGCUGCGUCUGCUGAAGGAGAGGAGCCCGCGUCCGAGGAUACAAUGAAGCAGUGUGUCCUUGUCCGAGACAAUGCAGCGAGAUGCUACGAGGAGACGAUGUUUCCCACAAGAUCAGGGACGUUUCGCCCGAUUGCCCAGCGAGAUCAACUAAAGAAUGAAGCCUUAGCCUCUGCAUACCAGGCUUUGACCAACACACUGACUAGACUGUAGAUGUCCAGUUACAAAGCCAGGACUCAAGAAUGAAGACCAAAUAUGCAAUCCUCUUCAUCUGCAUCGUGGCCCUGGUCAUCAUUGAAAAGGAAAGCAACAUCCUGUCAAGGGUCUCUGAUAAGCUGAUCCAGAGGCAGAUUCCACAGCAGACCCCACAGACCCCUCUGGAUUACAGCAACAUGACACAAAAGGGCUCCUUGAUGAUGCUCAAAAUGCUGCUUUCCAAACUCUCUGGUAUAAAAGGGAAUUAUUCCAAUUUCUCUGAGGAGCAAGAGGAGGAAGAACUGGACGAUUUAGGCAAGUACAGCUACAGCGCCGGCCGUAAGCACAUAUUACUCAUGGCCACCACACGGACGGGCUCGUCGUUUGUGGGGGAAUUUUUCAACCAGCACGGGGAGAAAAUGUUCUACCUGUUCGAGCCCUUGUGGCACGUGGAGCGCAUGCUGACCACCACCGCCGAGACAAACAAUGGGACAGUGUUGGCAGGAAUCUACCGGGACGUGCUCCAGGGGCUUUUCCUCUGUGAUUUCUCCCCACUUGAGAAGUUCAUCUCUCCCCCACCUCAGGACCACGUCACUCCGGCUCUUUUCCGCAGAGAGUCAAGUUUAUCGCUCUGUGAAGAAAAUGUCUGCACUCCUGUGAUCAAGGAUGUUUUUGAGAGGUAUCACUGUAAGACUCGUCGCUGUGGGCCACUGAACUUGACCCUUGCAUCUGAAUCCUGCCUUUCUAAACAACACCACGCUAUCAAAACCGUCCGUGUCCAUCAGCUGGACACGCUGCAGCCUUUGGUGGAGGACCCUCGUUUGGAUAUCAGAGUUAUCCAGCUUGUUCGCGAUCCACGAGCUAUAUUAGCAUCACGCAUGGUGGCUUUCUCUUCGAAAUAUCAGACUUGGAAGGCCUGGGCGCAGGACGGUCAGGUGCCCGAAGAUGACGAGGACGUGAAGAGGCUCAAAGGAAACUGUGACCACCUUCGAAUGUCUGCAGAGGUGGGACUGAGUCAGCCUCGCUGGCUGCGGCGUCGCUACAUGUUGGUACGUUACGAGGACAUCGCCCGCUACCCCAUGCAGAAAGCAGAGGAGAUGUACAAGUUCACAGGGAUACCGUUUAGUUCCCAAGCUAGGGAGUGGAUUCUGAGGAACACCCAGACCACACAGGAAGCCAGCGGGAUUUACUCCACCCAGAAGAACUCAUCAGAGCAGGCAGAGAAAUGGAGAUUUAGUAUUCCCUUUACACUGGCUCAGGUAGUACAGAGAGUUUGUGGACCCACCAUGAAGCUGUUUGGGUACAGAUUUGUGAAUGAUGAAAAAACAUUGAUCAAUAAGUCUAUCAGUUUGCUUGAGGAUAAACUAUUUUAUUAAUCAAGAGAUCAAAAUUUAGCUGUGAAUCUGCAAAAACACUGCAUGCAAUGGAUCCGAGCCAGGAGAAGCCAUUAUUGCACAGACCAAAAACUCUUUCAACAGGAAUGCCAUGAAAGACACAAAAUGUUGUACCGGUGGCGGGAACAUUCAUGUAGAGUCACGUACAGUCAUGUUCAUACUCGCCAAUGAUGUGCCUCAUUGUAACAAUGACGAGCCAUUUGAUAAAGAGAAGUAUUUAUUUGCGUACUGUGUUCACUGCGAAGCCUGGUACUUAAGCUUUAUGUCAUGCUCUGUAUUUCAUUUAAAAUGAAAUAUGCAUAGAUGUGAAGCCCGACUGUAAGAGAUUAUUAUGUAAGAUUUUAUUAGUAGAUGGUCGUGUUUGGAUUUUCAGGGAUAAACUGUGAUGAAAGUGAUGUGUGUAUGUUGUGUACGUGAGCAUGUGUGUGAAGAAGAGGACAUUUCGGUUCAUAGGGUUUCUGACACUAGUGCUUAAUAAUGCCUAGUAGAACCUGUUUCGUAUUUUGAUAGAGCUGCUUAAGAUUAUUCAACUGCUAGAACUGCUUUAGAUUAGACCUGACGUGCUUUGAUAGGAUUUAACAAAUCUGACUCAGGUAAAGUGAAUGUGGAAUUGCAUUUUGUGGUGUCUUUAUGAGGAGCGUUCAUAUCUUUCCAACAGUGUGCUGUGUGAAAAUACAGUUUAAUGUUUGGUGUUUUCAACCAAAUGCCAUUCAAAGCAAUGAUCUUGUGAUGUAGUUCAUGUGGCACCAGAGUUUAAAACUUCAAAUGGUUAAUGAAAAGGAAUAUAUAAUGCUUGUGAAGUUAUAGGAAAUGGUGUCACACUGUAAAAGAAGUACAACAUACCUCAGGUGUGUCUUCAGAAUUCAAGUGUUGCUAUUCCUAGUAGCCUUAGUCAUUGUAAUGUUUUUCCCCUGUAAGUAAACAGGCAGUUUUGGUUUCAUUUUACAAAUCUGCUCGGCAGGCAGCUUAAGCCGGAGCUGAUCUACGUGUCAGACAAGUGUGUUUUUUGGACUCGAGUAUAACAAGUAAUUUUUAAUCACCUCAAAACUUAAAGUAACAGAAUCACCAGGAAUAUUAAGACUUUCAAAAUCCCCCCUUUAAUGAUAUAAGUUGUGUGUUUUGGUGACAGCUAAUAUAUAUGUUGUAUGUAUGCAUAUGGCUUAUACCUUUAAGCGAAACCCAGGUGGUGCUGCAUUAACUGUCAGUCUUGAUGGUAUAUAAAGGAAACCACUGUGACUCUAGUUCAAUGGCAGCAUUGUGUUCAGCUUGGCUGAGGCCCUGCUGAAACGGCCGUGCUGCUCCUGGAAAGGGAUAUGCAUUAGAGAUACAUAUAGUAGAGGGCUUAUACUACCUUCUCUUUGAAAAUAUACAUAUGAAUACAUAUAUAAGGUAUUGAGUUGUUCAGACUCACCACUUAAGCCAAAAGGAAUUACUGUGAAACACCAACUUUGUAGCUCAAACUACGGUAUAGUCACAGUAACUAAUUUAAAUAACUCAGAUAUUCAGUGUGGCAAUAAUCUGUUUGGGAGCGAUGCAGGUUUGCAGUUAUUCCUCUGUAGAUGUUUGACUAGUUCAACUUUCAUAGAGAACUGAUGAUGUUGUCAACGUACAUUCAUCGCUUCCAUCCUGGAAAAAAAGAUUAAAAGAACAGCAAAAAAGCAGUUUUAAAGUUUUAGGUUGAAGUCAAGCUCAGGUUUUGCCAAAGCUAGUCUCAGUUCAAGUCUCUGUUUUUGAAGCCCAAAUAUAGUUAUAACUCCUCACAGGCUAAUCUUUAGGUCUCCGAAUACUGAAUAUUGAAAUGUUAUGAACAUUAAAAUUAUUUGAACAUUUUUCUUCCACGACUCCUUAAAUAGUGCUUUUUUCAUAACUGAGACUAAAUCAUUUGAAUAGAUGCGCCUAAUAACUAAACAGUCUACCUGUGAGUAAGUCUGAAUGUUACCAGACAUGAAACUUUCAUAUUUUGCUUUCAAAUCACAAUCCAAGUCACGCGUUGUGGGAGUCAGGUAUCAAGCUCUCAGUGUUUGACUUAAAGCUUACUCAAGUCCGCAGCUUUAACCAGUGGAAAUUAUCCGCUUUCCAUCUACACUUCAUGCUCAGUAUCGUCACGUUGGUCACAUAAGCGCAGCACUUUUGUGUCGAGUCAUCACUAUCUUCAAAAUUCUGCCGAAUGUGCUGUAUUUAGUCACAUUUUAGGGAAAAUACUGCAUGAGCGGUUUGACUUCAGUGAUGCUUUGCCGUUUUAUGAAAACUUGACAUGACAUUGAAGCCGACUGUAAUGUUAUUCUAUGUGGAAAUGUGCUCUUAAAAGUUCUGACACUCGCCUUUAAGACUACGGAGGGUGAAUGUCUGAUACAGAAGGAGAUUUUAGGUAGAGUAUGACAUUAAAGUUGUAAGUCAUUGAAGCAGUGGGUAAUGGAAACAUGUCUUGUUAAAGUUAUUAAUGUCUUCUGUGACUUUUUUGCCUUUGUUUAAUACCUGUAGUAAUAUUAAACUUGUUUUACUGCCACAUUCAGGUUAUUCUUGCAGGAGAAACCAACGGCCUAUGUGCAGAUCAUGCUGAUGCAACUAGAGAUAUAUCUGAGAGAUGUAAAUGUUAUUUUCUUCUGUUGAAAUUAUCAUUAAAUUGAUUCUUCUGGUGCGAAA